AUGGCAGGGCGCUUCCGCGGCGCAGUUGGAAAGUUGUCGCGGCCGCAAAAGAGUCGGGCGGCACGGAAGGCGAAGGGGAAGCAGACGGUGGCGUUAGUGAGGCGGGCCCCCAAGCUUUCCUCGGAAAGCCUGCAGCAGCGCAUUGCGGAGCUGACGGGGGCCGCUGUACAUGACACGGGGGAGGUGGCUAUCAGAAAAAAGACGCAAGCUAAAAUUUCCUCUCGCUCCAUCGCACGAGCCACCGCGUCUGUGUCGCAAAAGCCAGUUGGCAAGGCUGCUAUAGAGAUUGUCGGGAGGCGGACGGAAAAGCUGGUGCCUAAAACCGACGUCGCCGCAGAGCGAACACCUGCGGAGGCGAUGGGCCUCAAGCUGCUGCACCGCGCCGUAAAGGACCAGAGCCACAAACGCCUGCUGCCCCACCAGAACCGACACGACUAUGAGUACCGUCUACGCAGUGUCGCCACAGCAGGUGUGGUUCGCCUCUUUAACUCUCUCGCACAGGCUCGCAAGGCAGGUGUGGUAGUUGAAACGGAGGCGAAGCACAUGACAGCAGACAAAGUCCACGAGAAGAAACAAUUAGCCACAAAGGAGGCUUUCCUUGCCGCCCUUCGCCAACCGCGAAAGAUGGAGCGGUACUAA